AUGGUCGAAAGCGAUAAGAAUGGUGAGUAUUUAAAUGACUAUUGUGAAUUCUGUAUUUAGAACCCUCUGUGCGCGGUGAGAACUCUUCCUAUGUGAAGCUGAUAUCCAGCGAUGGCCAUGAAUUCAUAGUCCGCAGAGAUCUGGUGGUCACAUCCGGCACAAUCAAGGCCAUGCUGAGUGGCCCCGGGCAAUUCACGGAGAACGAGAGCAAUGAAGUCAAUUUUAGGGAAAUUCCGUAAGUUUUGGAGAUGUUUUGGGUUGAUUUUUGGCUAAAGUAAUAUAAUUUUUGAUGAAAAAAUUGAUUUUUUUUUAAUUUUUAGAUCCCAUGUCCUAAGAAAGGUCUGCCAUUACUUUGCAUACAAGGUCCGGUUCACAAACAGUGCCACGGAGAUCCCGGAAUUCUCAAUUACUCCAGAUGUUGCACUUGAACUUUUGAUGGCCGCCAAUUUCCUUGACUGCUAA